CGCGCAGUUUCUUUUCGUGGUUGUCUUUGGAAAGAGCGUGGGCCGUGGGCUGCUGCGGCCGCCGCCAUGGCGCAGGUGCUGAACCUCAACAAUGAGAAAGGAAAUUAUGCUCCAGUGAUUUAAACACAGGACUAGGAGUCCAGUGAUGUGGAUUUUAUCCUAUCUGUUCCAUAGAAUUACUGUUGUGAAGAUGAGAAAAGAGGUGAAGAAGGCCAGAGUUCUAACCAUUCGCAGACUCACCAGACACAUUGCAAAACUUAGGUUAAAAAAGGGUUCGGAAGAUGUGGUACUAAAGAACCAAAGGCGAGCAGAGAGAUUACUAAAAGAAAUUCAUGCCAUGAAGGAAAUAAAUCCGGAUCAAGUAACCAAACUUGCUCUUGGAGGAGAGAUUAAUUUUGAGCAAGUCUGCAAAAAGCCAAAUUCCACUGCAGCUGACAGAGCGACUGCUAGACUAGCAACACACCCACUGUUGAAGACAAAAAUUGCUGAUAUUAAAGCUGCUGUAAAAGCCUUUAAGGAUGCAAGACGGAAGCCACCUAAAACUCAAUCUUCAGAUGACCAUAAAUCAGAAGAACAGCUUUCUCAAAAGCCUAAAUUGAGGCAACAGUCUAAUAGCAAUGUAGAUAACCAGACACAUACACUGGUUCUAAAACAGCAAGACGCUAAAACAAAGGUGAAUGUGAAAACAGCCACUAACAUAGAAAAUAAACAAAUCUGCGAGAGAGAAUGUGAGCAGAAAACUUUAGAAAUUGAAAGAACAGAUUCUCCAGGUGAUUUGUCAUUACAAACUUCAGAAAAACAUGCAGUAGUUCAGGAUCAAACCGAAAUAACAAUUGACUUGCCAAAAAGAAAAAAACUUACAAGUGCGAACAAGUUCAGGAUAACAAACAAAUCAAACAGUGAUGUCAGUGAUAUGGAAAAAUUUGAUAACAAGGAGUAUUUUGAUGACAGCACGGAAGAGAGGUUUUAUAACCAGUCAUCCGAUUCUGAAGAUACUGAUAGUGAUGACGAUUUCUUCAUUGGCAAAGUAAAGAAAAAGAAGAAGAAAGUGGCAGAUAGUGACCUUUCUUCAGCAAAGGAAAAGAAAAGACUCAAAGAAGCAUUACUAAACAAAACAAAGGACUCAAAGUUCAUGAUGAUGCAGGAUGUGAUCACAGAAGAAUGUAAACCAAAUGCAAAAGCAAUGAAGUUGGAAUCAGUAUUUUGCAACUCUCUGUCCAGAUCUGAUCAGAAAUCCAAAAAUAUGAAGAGAAAUGUUAACUAUCAGACUUCCAAAAAUAGAAGAACAGCUUUUCCAAAAAAUGAACUGCGGGUAAAGGGAAAACAACUUGCUAAAGCUGCUGGUAGACAGUAUGAAAAUAAAAAAGAGCAUUUAGAGCAACCACUUCAUCCUUCGUGGGAAGCAAGCAAGAAGCGUCGGGAACAAAUAUCUCAAAUUACAGCAUUCCAGGGGAAAAAAAUUAAAUUUGAUGAUGAUUAAACUUUUUUAAUAUAAAUUCAUAUUUUUAAAGAAGAUUCUUCGAGUUCCCCUCGAGUUCGGUGUCUACUUUUGAGAUGUAACAACUUGUGUUUUGGCUGGACCUUUGUGACCCUGGUGUUAUAGAUUGAAAAGAGAAUAUUUAUCUUCUUGAUUGAGAUAAUAUGUGCAAAGUUGUUUGGAAAGUAAACCUUUUACAGUAUUUGAGAACUAGUGCCUUUUUCAAAUCAUAUUUACAUGUAUAAACUAAAUAGUAUCCUAAUCUUGUGAAAUCGGUGACGUAGUCUUUUAAAGGUUUUUUAGCAAGGGAAAAGCUAUUCCAGAUUUGUUUAUAAUGAAGAUUGUUUCAUUUGCUCAGUUUGUGCUAUAUUAGUUGACUAAUGGGGAUGUCACAUAGUAUCAGAUUCAGAGUUCAGUUCUAUAGUGCCACCAGCUGUGAAACCCACAAUGAAGUCAAGAAGGGGUUUAUGGAGAUAUUUUGUGCUCUGUAGUAGUUGGGAGUUUUGACUUGCUUCUAUUUCCUCUGUGGCGUUUUGCGUUAUGUAAGGUACGCUCAAGAGAAUUAUUUAAGGACUUCCAUAUCAGAAGAGAUGGGAAGGGUAAGUGCUCCUAUCUAAGAAAACAUUGUUAAAAUAGUUCAUUAAAGCAUAUGUUUAAAAUAUCAAAA